CAAAUAAAUAAAUGAUUAAAUCCAGAGUUUGAAAAAUGCUUAUAUCAGAAGUGUGUAUAAAUAGUAUUUACAUUGAAUAUGAUAACAUAAUAGUUAUAGAAUAUAUUUAUUAAGAAUUUAAAUCAAAUAACAAAACCUGUGGUACCUCCGCCGUUGGUACGCUGACAUCCCCAUAGCGUGUGUAGGCACUCCGCCUCAUCACGCCGGUAGGAAUACACAAAGAACAGUCAAGAAAAAAUGUCUGGAGCUGCCACUGGUCGCUUCAUGUAUUUCGCCUUUGGCAGCAAUUUGCUGAAGGAAAGACUGCAGCUGGCCAACCCCUCUGCGAUCUUCUGCACCACAGGACGACUCAAGGACUAUGUGCUGAACUUUGGCCUGUGGGAGAAGCAUGUGGACAAUGCGUGGCACGGUGGAGUGGCCACCAUCGAGUCGUGUCCGGGUGCAGAAGUCUGGGGGGUGAUCUGGACUUUGAGCAACGAAAACCUCCUGAGCCUGGACGAACAGGAAGGAGUGGGAGACGGCGUGUACUCCCCCCUGGAGGUGCCAGUGGAGACGGAUAAAGGACUGAUGCUCUGCAGGACGUAUCAGAUGAACAACUUCCACGCCUGUCCUCCCUCUCCUCAGUACAAACAGGUGGUGUGUCUGGGCGCAGAGCAGAACGGACUCCCGGCAGAGUACCAGAAGAGGCUGGAGGCCGUCGAGACCAAUAACUACAGCGGCCCCUCAAUCCUCGAUAAAAUCAGAACAGCAAACAAGUAGAAUUCGAUGUCAGGUCCUGGAGCUGGGAAAUGGCAGUUUUCAAAAAAAAAAACAUUUCUGGGCGCAUGAAGAAGAGGAUAAAAAGACAGAUCGGCUGAUGAAUGGACGCUGAUGCUGUUUUUGUCUGGUUACGAAGAGGAAUGAUGAGCAAAAUCUGAUAUAUUGAUCAUGACACGUAAAAGUAAAUAUAAUUUGUAAUAGUGAUCAAAUACUGAGAGAUGUGGGAAAAACUUGUAAACGGACUUCGAGGCUACUUGUGUCAGCACUUACAGUCGGCUAUGAGACAGAAUUGGCACCACUGUGUGGCCGCAACUCAACAAUGCAUACCUUUAAUGAUGAGAUGUCUGGCUGGGUCCAACGCGUUCUGGAUUAUUUUAAGAACAUUAAUAUAUUUAAUUUAAGACCAAAUAAAACUUGUAUGUGCCAGGUA